AUGGAUGAGAUUUAUGAUGGAUUUGAGAUUAAAACAGAAUAAAGUGAGGCCUCUAGAAACAAGAAAAGAAUAGUUGAGAAGCUCUAGAAAAGAUUGAUAAUAAUGAGUGCUUAGAUUCUUAGCAACAAUAUUGUGAAUGAUUACUUGUUUUGCUUGUUUUUGUUUGCUGAAUUUGUUUGCAUCAUUCAGCAACCAUUGAUGCUAGUUUUGAAAAAAAUUGACUCGCAAAAUGAAGUCUUAUAAUACUACGACUAAAAUGUCCUUGCAAAGCAUGAGAUGCUCAAUAUUCUGAUUAAUAGUCUUCUUCUCUUGAAUGCAAUUAUCUUUAUUGCUUUAUUCUCAAUGGUAGAAUAUAGUAAGGAAAACAAUAGAUGGUUUAUGAAAAUUGGAUUCAAAUAUUUAUCAUUCAAUAUCUGCUUCUUCAAUACUGCCUUAGCAAUACCUUAUCUAAUGAGUAAUUUUAACUAAAUUUCUUGCUCAGCUCUGGAUGAAUAAGAAACUCGAUGCUUUGAAGAGUUGAAUAUAGCUCUUUUUUUGUUGAAUAUUAUGAUGUUAGUGAUUUAUGAGGCAUUUAGCUACUUCUAUUUGAUUUGCCUAGAUUUGAAUUUUAAUAAUCCUAUUGAGUAGUAUCAUGCACCAUGGACUACCCUAAGACAUUCAACUAUACUUAUUUAGCAAGGAAUCCAGAUCGGCUCUUCAAUUAUCUUUGUUUUUAGCGAGCGCACCUUCAUUGUGAUUAUUAUGCUCGUAUUAGUAAUCACUGGACUUAUUGCAAGGAAUUUUUUUAAGUUUAGGCACUCUUACUACCUUGUUUACAAAGUUGAUGUAAUGGAUGUAUUUUUCAACUCCUUCAUGAUAAUCUUCUUACUCUUGGCUCUCUUGAUUUCACAAACAACUCUGCCUUACACAUUUAACUCACUUUACUUGCUUCACUUCAUUUCUAUACUUUUUGCUACAGCACUAUCUUAUGUUCAUAAUUUCCAUAGAGCUUCCUCGCUUGAAAAAUUCUUUAUGAAUUUCCAGCAUCUUUCUGAUGAUCUUGACUUCUCAACUAAUACGGUCAUUGAUUAUCUUUGCUCCAAAAGCAAGUAAGAUGGAGUUAGAAUCAAAGGAUUAGUUCAGUUAAUAAUAAAUGAGAGCGGGUGUGAAGCAGCUUAACAAAGAUAAAGAGAAAAGUUUGAGAAAUAUAGCAAGUACUUAAUAAAAGGAUAGGUUAAGAUUCCCAAGAAAAAGUCGCUCAAUCCCUACAAUUAAGCAGGAACGCUAUUAAGAUCUCUCGAAUACUCUCAUCAUUAGACUAAAAAACUUUAUCCUAACUUGAAUCAUGGGCAAACCGGAACCCUCAAUAAGUUUAAUAAUCGUAAAAAAUUCCCUCCCACAGAAAAUGAGAAUGAUUCAAUCUAUCAAACCAGAGAUCGAAUUGGGAUUAGCAAUCAAUAAUAAUAUCAAUCAGAAAAUAUAAUUAAUAAUGAUCAAAUUGACGUGGCAUAGAUUCAUAUUACAAAUGCUAAUGAAAUCAAUAAUUUAGACUAUCCUCCCUCGCCUGCUUUGAGAAAAUCUACUCAUUAUAAAUAGAGUUCUUAAGCAGUUAAUCAAUAGCAAUUUGAGACAUAUGAGUAACAGAUCCCUGAAGAUCUUGUUACAUAUAAUAACGACAUGUUUGAGGAAUCAGAAGAAGAAGGAGAUGAAUAGGAUUAAGAGUAACUUAUAAACUCAAUGUGCGAUUACCAUACGCCUUAAGAUGUCAAUCUGAUUUGUGAGGUUAUUGAAUUCUUUUUGAUUCAGAUAAAAUCCAACUAAAAUAACAAUGAAGUAAAUUAAAUAAAAUACUCGAGAUUGAUGCUCCUUAAGUUAAGAAUUCUUUAUCUAGCUCGAUAAACAGAUAAAUUACAUUACCUGAUGUAUAUGGUUUCUCAACUUGAGACUAUCACUUCAAAUUUUCAAAUAAGAACUAUUAAAUACAUCUUUCAAAAGAAGUUCCACCAAAUUUUCUAGCAUAGAUUAGUAGAGAAAAAAGACAAAAUAACUCCAACAGCUUUAAUUUUUUAUGAGCAUCAAAGAGAGCACUUCGAGUCUAAAGUUUGUAAGGCUACAGAGAAUAUGCUAGUCUUGCUCUCAGACCUCAAGCUUUAAAGUACUUCUAGUGAUGAUAUCAUGAAAAGGUUUGAAAAAUCGAAGGAUAUAAUAAGGAUUUCAAUAGAUCUUGAGAAAAGAUUUAAAGCUAUUGUUAAUGUCAAUGCAUAACAAAUUGAUCUUGUUGCAAUGUAUUUCCAUUUCCUAGAUUAAGUAGUUCAUAUGGAGAAUGAAGCAAGAGAUGUUUACAAGAUUAUGGUUGAUAUGACUCAUUCAGACAAGAUUAAUAAAAGAUUUGAGUAGAUUGACAUUUCAAAGAAUAAGGGGAAUGGAUUUGUGCUAAUCAGUGGGAAUCAGAAAGAUUUGGGAAUGAUACUAAAAAUCAAUAAUCUAGUCUGUAACAUGCUCUAGUAUUUCAAGGAUGACUUGUACAUGAAAAAGAUUGGAGUAUUAAUGCCUGAUAGUAUAGCAUAAUAUCAUGAUCAAAUUAUUAGCAGCUAUAUAAAUUUAGAAAGUGAUAGACAAACACUCAAAAAAUCGAAGUCAAAAAAGAAAUAUGAGGAUCUAGAUGAUGAUCAUGAUAGAUAAAGGAGAGAAAGACAAAAAUUAAGAUAGCAUAGUCGUUAGGAUAAAAAAUGGCAUCUCAACAAAAGAAGGUAGAUGCUAAUGUAUAAGACUAAAAUGGGAACUUUACUUCCCCUUACUUGUGAUUUUGACAUCUAUUUCGACAUUAAUCAAGGAAUUCAAUUUCUUUGCUAGGCUUUUAAGUAAAAUUACAUUAAAUUUGCAGAAGAUUAAAAGAUAUAAACAAGCAAUGUUUACAUAAUUCAAACUUAAGGCUAUGGAAUAGUUUAGUCAUGCAGCUAAAAUUUUCUAAAGAGAUUUGGCAUAAACUUAACUAAGAUAAUUGAUGAUAGAUUUGAUAUUACUGCGCUUAAUGAAGACCUAUUCAAAUUUGAUGAUCCAGAUUCAAGCCUCGAUCAUGAUGGAUAGGCCCUGUUUUUAAAUCUAAGUGUCUUAAAUUCACUACAAAGUGAAGAAUCUAAAGAUUAGAUUGAAAAAUACUAGUAAAAAAUGUAAAUGAAGGGUUUAAGAAUAAUGAAACAGAUGAGUACAAAGGGAAAUCUCAGUAACGAUAUACAAGGCAUAGACGAGUCAUCAGCUUUAAUGAUAACAUAAUAGAUGCUUUUUGCAAGUUAGCUAAUGAUUUCAAAUGAGGGCAGUACAGCAUGUUUUGUUAAAAGAGAGGUAGUUUAUCAUUAGCCAGAUACAAAGAAUCUAAGGAAUUAGUCUUAAAUAAAUCAUGGUGGUGACUUGAGUUAUUAGUAAAGUCUUUCUAAAAAUGAUCGUUUUCAGUCUGUAAAUGCGACCAAUAUAAAUUUGAUGGGAGGGGAUUAGUCAAAUAUUGAUGUGAAUACUGUGAAUGUAUCUCAGUUUAAUUAUAGAGAUUAAACUGUAAGAAAUAUGGAAUAAACAGCAACAGUUGAAAUUAAUCCUUUGCUUGAUGCUCUUAAAACUGAUAAAGUCUAUGGAAUUUACUACUAUAUUGUCUUUCCAGAUGGAAUGAAUAGCCAAAUGAAGGAGCAAGCUAUAUAAUUGGCUGAUAUUUAGCAGAAGAGAGGCAAUAACAAUGCAAGUAUGGAUUAGACAAUAGGCAAUGAUACAUUUAAUUAGAAUUUGCCAUUUUAGAUUCAUGCUUUCCAAUCAGAUAUGUAGCAAAAUCCACCUCUGAGAAAACAUCAUACAAAUGAAGAUGGAACUUCUGGUGAUGGAACUAAGAGUGAAGAAUAGUUUACUUUUGCUUCUACUACUAGCUCAUCAACAAAUGGUUCUCAUAAGGACAAAAUAACAGAACUCAAGAAUGAAAAUUUUCUAGGUCAAGUGCCUGUAUUUGUGAGUCUUUUCAGCAAAAUCUUUUUAUUCUACUUCAUUUUGUUUAUACUAGUAGGCACUGUAAUACUAAUAGUAGCAUUCAAUUCAAACAGAAGAUUCUUCAAUGACAUUGAGGGUAUCAAUACAGCUAGGUAAUAUUACACUGAGUGCUCCAUUUCAUAACUGUUGUUCAGAGCAUAUAUAGAUAUACCAAAUGGAGUUGAACCUAACUCUUCAAGCGUUGUCUCAAAUCGUUUUGGAGUGCUUCAUUAGAAAAUCGUUAAAAGUAAUGAGAGAUUAAGAAUACUAAACAACAAUUUAAGAAAAUUCGUCGAUGAAUCAGAUGAUUCUAAAGUCAAAGACACCUUUACUGGUUCAAAUGUAAUCAUUUAUGAUCUUUCAGAAUAAUCAACUAUUACUUAAAGAAAAAUCUCCUUGGACUAAUCAAUUUAAUUGCUAAUAGGAAAAAUUCAAAUGUUUUUCAAUGAUAUUGACAUUGAUAACCCUGUAUAAAUUAAACAAUAGUUGCAAUGCAACUGCUCUCUGUCUAAUAAAGAUAUUACCUAUCGAUAAAAAAACAAACUUACUUGGAAUUAAAAUGAAAGAGAAGCUUAUUGGAUUAUUGAGAAUACAAAUAAGUGGAUGACCUACUGGACCUAUGAAAUUGGAACUUAAUUUUUAAGAACUUCAUCUAGUCAAGUUGAUGAGUACAAAAAGUAGAUAUUGAUUCUUUCCAUUUGCUGUAUAACGCUCUCGUUUUUAUGCUCAAUAGCGUUCAUUCCAUACUAUUUAAGAAUAAAAAGAAAUCUUAAUCUCAAUCUAUUCCUGAUCGAAAAGAUGGAUUUGACCACCAUCGAAGAUAUUUAAAACUAGAUCAAGUAAUUCUACAGAUAACUCAGUUACUCUAAAGGGAAAUAUGGAGGUCGCUCAGAUUAAUCUAUGAUUAAUAACCAAAUAAAUUACUAAUAAGAAGCAUAAAGUAGAAAUAGGUCUCCAUCAGACAAAUUCAAAGGUGAAAGCAUGUAAAUACGCAAAGUAACAUCUUAAGAUUCUGUUAGAAAAGAAAGUUUGAUAACUGGAGCAAACCAAAAGCGUUUAAAGAAAGACAAAAUGGGGAAAAUCGAUGAAAUGGCUAUUAAAAAUUUGUCGCUGGAUGAUUAAAAAGGCGGCAUAUUUAUCAAAAGAGGAUUCGGGCAAUCAGGUAUUGUAAGCAAGAAAUAUGCUGAAACAAAGCAUUCUCGCAGAGAUUCUGAUAAAAAUUAUGAAGAACAAAAAAAAGCUAAACUACGAUAAGAUUUAAGAAAGGGACAUAAUCUCCACGCUACUGGGACUCAUUAAACUACUAAUCAGCAGUUUGCAUUUGUUACUAAUGAAGAGGAAUUUAAACGAAUAGAAGAGGAUAAAUAUGAAUCAGAUGAGAGUCAUGAUAAUGAAGAGGAUGAAUCUAGAAACGAUAGACAUGAGUCAGAUGACUCAGAUCAAAACUAAAGAAAAAGAAAAAGGCACAGAAAUAAAUAAGAACAUAGUGGGAAUAACUAAGGAUUAAAUGGCAAAUAAGUAAUGAGUAGGAUUGAAGAAAGGUAAUAGGAAAUUGUGAAUGAAAAAAGAAAGAGUAUAUAAUAAAUGUACUUCCGCCAGAAGAUUAAGAUUGUUACAAUCUCUACAGUAUUCUCUAUGAUUCUCAGUAUGUUCUUUAUUGUAGAUUACUUCCUUAUUGCUGAUACUUUCGAUCAAUCAGUAAAUGCUAUAAAAAAAUUCUAAGCAUUCUACGAGAUUGAUCCCUAAUUUCUGACAAUAGUUCAACUCAAUAGAGAGUAAUUCCUUAAAAAUGAAACUGGGUGGUUUAUUUUUGAUGGAAUAACAGAGCUUAUCGAAUUGUAUCAAUAAUGCUUUGUAAUUUCAGACGAUUUAAGAAGACUCAAACAAAACUAUCCAAGCACUCUGUAAAAAGCUGUAUCUUUCCUGAAGGAUGUUGAUAGUGACUAAUUCUGCUAAAAAAUAAUAGUGAAUUACAAUAUUUCUGAAAGCCUAGAAACUUGUUUGACUGUAAUGGAUGGAUUAUUCAAAAACGGAUUCACUAACGCAUUUAACUAGAUAAUUAACUACUUCUAUAUGAUUUAACUAAAAUAUGAUAGCAUGAAACCAAGUUCUAGAGAUGAAAAUUAUUUAAGGGGAGAGCUAAGAAAUUAGAAAUCUAUUGAUUACGUUAUGAUCUAUCACUCUUAUCUUGAUGAAACACUUAAUCUUAUUAAAACCAAAGUAACCUCUGCCUUGAUUUCAUUCUAUGAUGAUAGAACAAGCUAAUUCGUUGCAGUUUAUAGCAUUUUCAUUUUAGUGCUAGUGGUUUCGAUAUUCCUGAUUUUAUGUUUUAUGAUGAAAAGAAUCAAGAGAGAGAUUUAUUUAGCUAGAAGGACUAUCCAGUUGAUCCCUCACAAAGAAUUAGUGAAGCAAUAAAACUAUGAUAUUGCAAUAAGGAUAAAGUACUGA